UCUUAUUCUCUCUUUCUGUGUUUUUUUUUUUAAUAAUUUAUCUUUUUCUUGCAUUCAACAAACUCUACGAAAAUACCCAGAAAGGAUCAAGAUUCAAGAAUGGUUAAGGAAACCGAGUACUAUGAUGUUCUUGGCAUUAGUCCCUCUGCUUCAGAGGAAGAAAUCCGCAAGGCUUACUACCUUAAGGCUAGGCAAGUUCAUCCAGAUAAAAAUCCAAACGACCCUCAAGCUGCUGAAAGAUUUCAGGUAUUAGGUGAAGCUUAUCAAGUUUUAAGUGAUCCGGUGCAAAGAGAUACUUAUGAUCAAAAUGGAAAAAAUUGCAUAUCUAGAGACACCAUGCUUGACCCCAUGGCUGUCUUUGCUCUACUCUUUGGAAGUGAGUUAUUUGAGGAGUACAUAGGACAUCUAGCUGUGGCAUCAAUGGCUUCUUCUGAAUUGGCGAGUGAGAGUGACAAUCCUGAGAAGCUGCAUGAGAAAUUGAAGGCUGUUCAGAGAGAAAGAGAAGAGAAGCUAGCUAGAUCACUGAAAAGUUUUCUUAAUCAAUACGUUCAAGGUGACAAAGAGGGAUUCUUAUGGCGUGCAGAAUCUGAAGCCAGACGGCUUUCUGGUGCAGCUUCUGGAGUUGACAUAUUACACACUAUUGGUUAUAUAUAUUCUAGACAAGCAGCACUAGAGCUUGGAAAGAAAGCCAUUUAUCUAGGAGUCCCAUUUUUAGCUGAGUGGGUUCGCAAUAAAGGACAUUUCUGGAAGUCACAGAUAACUGCAGCUAAAGGUGCUUUUCAGUUACUGCAACUUCAAGAAGACAUCCGGCGCCAAUUUAAAAUGGAUGGUAGUGCUCCUGAAAAUGAUGUUGAAUCACAUGUACGCCUGAAUAAAGACACAUUGAUGAAUUCUUUAUGGAAAUUGAAUGUAGUAGAUAUUGAAGUAACUCUAAUACAUGUGUGCCAAAUGGUGCUAAGGGAAAACCAAAUUAGGAAGGAAGAACUUAAAGCUCGUGCAAUGGCUUUGAAAAUUCUUGGGAAGAUAUUUCAGAAGGGAAAGCGUGCACAAAUUGGAGGUACAUCAAAGAAUAAACAAACUGCCGACACAGAUGAUGAUGAUGGAAGCAGUUCUGAUAGUAGUUCUGACGAUGAUUCACCAAGACCACUUUCAUAUCGAACCCCUCUACUAACUCAGGGUAUUGGCAGACUAUUUAGAUGCCUUUGUAAUCCAGCAUUUGAUGUGGACGAUGAAGAAAUUGUCUACAAAAGCAAAUGAUGAAUCAUGGCAUGUAUUUUACAUUAGGGUCCACAGAUGAGGCCGAGUACAAAACAAAUAUGUCAACAAAGAAAUGAGAUUUCUCCCAUCGAGUCAUGAAUAUACUGAAAGGGCUUCUUGUUGAAUGGGGGGUUGUGUUCCAUUGGAGACACUGGUGCAAGCCAUGAAUUUGAGUUGUGUGAUGAUGUAUUUAAAUAGAAGCACAACAUUGACACCAUUGAUAUGCUCUGAUUUUAACGUGGCUAAAUGCAUAAAUGUAGAAGUGACUUUGUCAUUUACAAACUGGACAGUAUUAUGAUAUUGGGAUACAUUCCUAUA